AUGCCAGUAAAAGAAACACCAGCAAAAUACCCGGUGAUCGAUACGGAUCCCCAUUUCACAAGAGUAGUCAGGUAUAUGAGAGGAAGUGAUUAUGCGACUUGGGCAGGUGCGACUGCUGCUGGGCCUGGAUUAUUUUGGCUUUAUGAAAAAGUUGAUCCCACAAAAGCAUCAAAAGCAUCAUUGCGAUCAGCACUUCGAUUAACUGGAUUUUUGGGAUUCGCAGCUGGGUUUAUGUUGGCUUAUCAAAAUUCAAGUUUACGAUUUUGGGGAUGGAAGGAAAACGCAUAUGAAGUUGAAAAAGAUCAAAAAGAACUAUCAGCAAGAGUAUCUUCUGGACAACCUAUAUAUGGUGAAACUGAAUUAACACCUUAUCUUCAAGGUGUAGCAUCUAGAAAUUCUACUUUUAGUCAAUUGAAAUUACAUGCUUUCCCUUGGUGA